UGGCAGGGAGACAUGCUAGAUCCGUGAUCCUACGAUUCUAUUGGUCCGUCACUCGCUUAACGCACUGACCACCCUUCAUCCCUGCCUUGGGCGCGGUUUCUCUGACCGCCCGUAAGGUAACCCUUUGAUUCUGCAGCCAAAAGUGACCCCCGAAAUCACGGCUUAUGGUGUGCUGCUUUCCGAGCGCUUUUUCGAUCAAAGGGAAAGGACGCUAAGGCCACCCAAAUUGCUGCCAACGCCAUCAGAUCACCACCCGCCCUUCGCUUACUACAAAUACCUCCCCCCACCCGCCUCCUCCAUCCUUCUUUCAUCUCCUCAUCCGCCAACACAUUAUCAUCGACAACCAUCGACUUUUAUCUAUUUUCAUCUCAAAGUCGACUAAAUCCAUCAAACCUUAUCCAUAAAGAUGGCCAGAACUAAGCAGACUGCCCGUAAGUCCACUGGUGGCAAGGCCCCUCGUAAGCAGCUCGCCUCCAAGGCCGCCCGUAAGGCUGCUCCCUCCACCGGAGGUGUCAAGAAGCCUCACCGUUACAAGCCUGGUACCGUCGCUCUCCGUGAAAUCCGUCGCUACCAGAAGUCUACCGAGCUCCUGAUCCGGAAGCUUCCCUUCCAGCGUCUGGUCCGUGAAAUCGCUCAGGAUUUCAAGUCCGACCUUCGCUUCCAGUCCUCCGCCAUCGGUGCUCUUCAGGAGUCCGUUGAGGCCUACCUCGUCUCUCUCUUUGAGGACACCAACCUUUGCGCCAUCCACGCCAAGCGUGUCACCAUCCAGUCCAAGGACAUCCAGCUCGCCCGCCGUCUCCGUGGUGAGCGCUCUUAGAUUUCUCUCUAAUGAGUCCGGUUUUUCUGGUUGUCUCUGGGUAGGCGAUUAGGGGUUUUAUUUCUUUUUCACGACUGGCGAUACAUGAUGGGUUCUGUUUUUUUCAUUUGCGAAUAUCAAUGGGUUUCGGCACUGGGAUUAGUUUUCGUUUUGCUGCGCAAUAAAUAGUAGGCUGCCGACGACGCGGCUGAGUGGAUUGGAUCUCAUGGGAUGCAUCCGAGCAUGUACAUUAAGAAAUUUUACUUGACCAAGUGGUAUUCUCCAUGAAUCGCCACCGGUUGGCAUAGAUUCGAAAUGCAGAUUCUAUGACGAAUAAUCCAAUUCAUUACUGUCGUGA